AGGCCACAUCUCGCUCUCCAAAUGAAAACGGGUGGUUUAAUUGACGUUAAAACCAGUCCGUGAACGCAACGCUGUCAUUAGACGAAUAGAAGCCAGCCGAGGCGCGAUGCGUUUGAGGGACAGGUUUGAAGCACGUAUCCCUCAGCUCUCAGUCUUUCCAUAUUUAUUGUUUUCUGAGCAGUACUGCAACUUUUACUUAAAGGUAAAUAUGACGGGUGAAGGUGCCAUGUUUACUCAUGAAGUUACUUUCAGACUGAAUGAAGUCAUCCUGCUCAGAUGUGACACAGACUGAAAGUAAAGUCUCCCGUGCUUUGUGCAGCCACGCCAUUCAUUCGUCACUGUCUGUCCCUUGGUGUCGUGUUGAUCCUGUCCUUCCUGUUUGUCGACCUUUUCCGCUCCUGCAGACGCUCGCGUUCGACGUGUGGGAUGUUCUCGCUUCGCAGUGACAAAACCUGCAAAAGGAGCUGAACGUGUGACAUCGCUCCCCUUUGAUGUGUGAACAUCAGAUUUAGUUAGUUUCUGAAGAAUUGCAGGUUCCUCUCGUUCAGCGUUGUGGUUCGUGGCUGCUGACACCGCUGUGAAUGAGCGAGACGCUAGUGCUCCGUGAAUGAAAGCCCAGCUCGUUGCCUGUGAAACACACGCCCCGGUGUAACUAAACAAACUGUUGAGCCGCCGCCUGCGCGUUCACUGCCGUCUUAUCUGAAAUGGGCAGUAUUUUCCUCCGUCACUGUUUUUAUUUAUAGAAAAGGUGGAGCUGAGGCGCUGGAUAAGUCGGCUCCGGGUGUUUGACCCUUGGACGGGAAAUGACACGGGUCAGACUUGAUUUCACAGGUAGCUGGUGCGGCCUUCGUGCUGCGCUGUGGACCUUUUUUUUUAAUGAGGUGAUGCUCCAACGUGCCAUCAAGGAGCAGCAGCUCAGAUGAAGGGAUGCAAAUGUGAAUGGGCAGCGUGAGCCCAAAGCUCAGCUCCUGAUUGGCUAAGAAGUGAUCAUUUAACCAGCCAGUGCUCACUGUGUGUGACUGUAUGCUUCCCUCUGAUCUGAUUGAAUACACUGGCUCAAACUCUGCUUCUACUUUUUUUUUUUUUUUUUUUUUUAGCUGACCUCUGUUCCAAGGUGAAACUUCUCACACGGUCCUCUGUAUGUGUGUAGUACAGUGUUUGCUUUGCCUCACUCCCGUUGCCCGAGUGAGCGCCCAUGAGAGAGGGGAAGGGGCGUCUGUGCACCAGAGGGUAAAUAUCCUCCGUGUGGGAGGAGGGAGGGAGAGAGCUUGUCUAACAAACACUGCUGUAGCCUUCAAGCGUUCACGCUAGAAUUACAAUGAACUUAGUAGUAAUAAUAAUAAUGAUAAUAGUAGAGUUACCAAAUAAGAGGUUAUGUGUAGCCAGUAGUGAUAUUCUUCUUCCAUCAGUUCUGUCUUUCACAUGUUAUUAUUUUUUAGUUCAUUUUUUUCUGUUACUCUCAACAAGUCUCACAUUUAUCUGAUUCAGAUGACAACACACACACACACACACGAGCGGUGUGUUGUGUUUUUUUGGCCGGUGCUUUAUCACAACAUGUGCUAGUUGGGAGCAGACCAAGGAGUGUGUUUGCGUUGCUGCAGGAUUAUUGCCUGUGUUGAUGUGGGAGAGCCGGUGCCAGUUUAAUCAGGAACGAGACAAAGACGCAGGAGGAGAGCGGAGCAACAGCGCGGAAGUUAAUGAAAUACUAUAUUAACUGGGCAAAGCCUGGGAAACAAUAGGACAUUAAAAAGUGUAAUCAUUGAACUGAAAAUAGAAUCCGCUACAGGAUAUUGGUUUGUUUGGGUUUACUGGUUAUUAAACUGGUCGAGUUAUAUGUUCCCAGUGUUAAUAAUGGGUCAUGUAGCCGAGCUCAGCUAAGCGGCGUGAGCUGUGUGCGUCUCGGUGACCUUGUCAGUCAGAUCCCCAGCAACAGUCUGUUGAAUUAAGCUGAUAAGGACCUGUGAUAAGACUCCUUCCCCCGGAGCCUUACGUCCCGCACGGAGCGGCUCAGCUGGAGCCCCGGUGCUUUGACUUCAUUAACCCCGUUUCACACCAGGCACAUGGACGCGCUCCUGAAGAGCAAAGAUGACAAGCUGAGCAGCAUCAGCAAAGCAAUCACCUCCACGGAGACGCCCGUGAAGGAGAAGCAUGCGCGACGAAUCAUCCUGGGGACCCACCGGGAGAAGGGAGCCUACACCUUCUGGUCCUACGCUCUGGGCUUCCCUCUGGCCAGCAGCUCCAUCCUCAGCUGGAAGUUCUGCCACGUACUGCACAAAGUCCUUCGGGACGGACACAAAAAUGUUCUACAAGACUGCAUGAGACAUCACAGUUCCCUGGUUGAAGUUGGGACACUAUGGGCCAAUCUCCACGACAAAUACGGGCAGCUGGUGGCUCUCUACACCAAGCUGCUCUGCACCAAAAUGGAAUUUCAUGUCAAGCACGCGGAAAUCCCACCGAACUUGGAGGCAACUGAUGAAGUCCUGGAGCGCACUGCAGGGACAGACAUUAAUAAUGUGUUCCAGCUCUCAGUGGAGGUGUUCGAUUACAUGGACUCAGAGCUGCGGCUGGCUGAGACAGUGAUUCGACAGCUCAACACAUCCAUCGCCAUCUCCACUCUCACGUCGGGACAGUGUCGCCUGUCUCCGCUCAUCCAGGUUAUCCAGGACUGCAGCCCCCUCUACCACUUCACCGUCAAGCUGCUGUUUAAGCUGCAUUCCUGUCUGCCUGCUGACACCCUACAAGGACACCGUGAACGUUUCCACGACCAGUUCCACAGCCUCAAGACUUUCUUCAACAAAGCUCGAGACAUGAUGUACUUCAAGAGACUGAUCCAGAUCCCCAGACUUCCAGAUUCCCCACCUAACUUCCUGCACGCUGCCUCACUGGCCAAGCAUGUGAGGCCGGUGGUGGUCAUCCCCGACGAGGACGAGCCGGAGCCAGACGACGACGACGAACCCGAGCCGCUCAUCGAGGUCAGCGAGGCGUCCACGUCCAGCCUACAGGUGCAGCCACAGCCCGACAUAUUUGAUCAGACAUUUGGACCACCGAACGGAGGCUUCGAUGACCGAGAUCUGCAGAUCGAGGGCCUGAAGCGGGACCUGGAGAUGUUGAGGGCCGAGCUUGAGAGAGUGAAACUGGAGGCCCAGCGCUACGUUACCCAGCUCAGGUCCCAGAUCAACAGUCUGGAGGCAGAGCUGGAGGAGCAGCGAGCGCAGAAGCAGCGCGCUCUUGUGGAGAACGAGCAGCUGCGCAUGGAGCUGGCGGCCAUCAGUCGCCGAAACGCAGAGAACGAGGACCUGCAGACCACCUUCAUAGAGGCGGAAAAGAAGGCGCAGGCCACUGAGCAGCGGUACACGAAGCUGAAGGAGAAGCACACGGAGCUGGUGGCCAGCCACGCUGAACUCCUCCGGAGGAGCGCAGACACCGUUAAGAUGCUGUCAGCAACUCAGCAGAACCAGGAGGAAGUGGAAAGGACCAAACAGCAGCUGUCGUUUGAGGUCGAUCGCAUUAAACACGAGGCCGACAUGAAGCUGGAAGAGCAGAGGUUUGAGGUGGAGAAGCUGAAGAGGGAGCUGGAGGAGAAGCUGGCAGAAGUGACCCGCAUGAAGUCAAAUCUGCAGAGCAGCGAGACGACGUCGGACCACUUGAAGAGCUCGCUGACGGCUCUGCAGGCGGAGAAGGAGCGCGUGAUGCGGUCCGUGAGCGAGAAGGAGGCCGAGCUGUCGUCGCUGCGCCAGGCCGCACAGGUGCAGCAGUCGUCGCUCCAGCAGGAGCGCGACAGGAGCAGCAGGGAGCUGGGAGAGCUGCAGGGCAAACUGAGGGAGAAGGCGAAUCAGGAGGAGCAGCUGAAGCAGAAGCUCCUGGAGGAGCAGUUUGCUUUGCUGCAGGGCACCGUCGCCGAAGCCGAGAAGAUCAUCAAAGACGCCGUCGCCAAGCUGGACGAUCCGCUUCAUAUACGCUGCACUAGCUCGCCAGAUUACCUUGUGAGUCGUGCAGAGGCAGCGCUGGGCUCCAUCGAUAAAGUGAAGAAGGGCCACGCAGACUAUCUGACUAACAUGAGGGAUGCUGGAGGGCUGCUGAGGGCUCUGACCCAGUUCUCCCACUUGGCUGCAGAUACAAUUAUUAACGGCAGCGCGACGGCACACAUGGCACCCACAGACCACGCAGACCGACUCACGGAGAAUUGCAGAAGCUGUGCCUCUGAGAGUAUUCAGUACUUGAACAACCUGAAAUCCAAGCUGUCGCUCCAGAGGGCAGACCCAGCCUCUGUUCGCAUAAUCAUUCAAAAGAUCCUGCACCUGGGACAGGAGCUGCGGCCAAAAAGCAUGGACGUCCGUCAGGACGAGCUGGGAGACCUGGUGGACAAAGAAAUGGCUGCCACAUCAGCAGCUAUUGAGGAGGCAGUCCGCAGGAUUGAUGAAAUGAUGAAUCAAGCACGAAAGGACACAACAGGAGUUAAACUGGAGGUCAAUGAAAGGAUCCUCUUCAGCUGCACAGACCUGAUGAAGGCCAUCCGCAUGCUGGUUAUAGCAUCUACAGACUUGCAAAAGGAGAUUGUCGAGGGCGGGAGGGGAGCCGCCAGCAUUAAGGAGUUCUAUGCCAGAAACUCUCGCUGGACAGAGGGACUCAUAUCUGCUGCCAAGGCUGUGGGAUGGGGAGCCACCGAGAUGGUAGAGUCUGCCGAUAAGGUGGUGCUGCACACGGGCAAAUACGAGGAGUUGAUUGUCUGCUCGCACGAGAUUGCUGCUAGCACCGCACAGCUGGUCGCGGCCUCCAAGGUUAAGGCGGAUCGCAACAGCAAGAAGCUGUCAGUUCUUCAGCAGGCGUCUCGCCAGGUGAACGAGAUGGCUGCUAAAGUGGUGGCCUCGACGAAGACGGGCCAGGAGAACCUGGAGGAAAAAGACACUAUGGACUUCUCUGGGCUGUCCCUCAUCAAGUUAAGAAAAGAAGAAAUGGAGUCACAGGUCAAAGUACUGGAAUUGGAAAGUCAGUUGGAGAACGAGCGCCUGCGUUUGGGCGAGCUGAGGAAGAAGCACUACGACUUGGCCGGAGUUCCUCUGGACGAGGUGGUUGAGGGGAAUGGAGAAACCUCCCUGCAGGCCAACCUGGCGUCCAUGUCCCCAAAGGUCACCAAGCCUGCGCUCAUGAAGAAGCCUGCUCUGGCCAACAAACCCAACAUCCCGCCCAAAGUCACAUUCAAAUGAAGCCUCAGCAGAAGAGGAAAACACUUGGCUCAUGGUUGUUUGGACUGACGAGUAAAAGAUCCACUUUUUAUGAUUCCAUAAAGCAUCCUCUUCCUCCAUCUCACUGUUUUCUUUCCAUGUUUCCAUGUUUUUCUUCUUUUUUUGCCAAAAAGGACCAGAUGCCUGUUUGUUUUUUAUCUUUGACUUCUGUAAGGAAUAGACUGUUUUUACCAUUUACUUGUUUAAAACACAUAUACACAUGCAUUUACUGUAAGGUGGAAAGACAUUAAUAUACCUUUUUAUAGCUGAAUAAAGUAUUUUUUCCCUCACCACAAAAAUGUUAGAUGAUUUAACGCUGCUGCUUUUAAGAGUACAAACCCUAAUGAUCCCACAUCAACACUAUAUCUUUGUAUUGGUCAGUAGUUUUGAUCACACAUUGGACGACGUUUUGCACUUUUUUUAAAAUUCCCCCUCCAUGGUUUUUGUGUUGCGGGUGGUAAACGAGGGGAUCGUGCUACGUACGUCCGUGUUGCUGAAAGCAUUUUACAUACCUCUAGGUUUGCCUUCAUGAUGGACAGUGUUCCACUACAGUUUGCCUCGGAGGCCUUCAACUCACUGAACCUUGAACUUGCUUCGUUAAUAGUGUCUGUGUUGUAGUGUGCAACUAGCACAAAGUAUAAUCCACAUCUACACUCAUCUCUUGAAUGUCUCUUUCCUGGAACAGGACCUGGAUAUUAUACUAAAACCUAUAGAUACACGUAAUGCUUGCACACAAAUAUUGAGUGUUUGUGUUCUUAAUUAUUUAAUGUUUCUCUUAGGCUGAAUACAAAGAUUUAGGGCUAGUAAAUGUACAACAUGAAGGUGUUAGUUUUUUUUGCCUCCGGGAGCUUUUCUUACAGGGUCUUAAAAUGCGUUUUUUUAUGUUCUGUCCUGUACAAAAUGUCUUUAUACAGUCAGAUCUAUUAAUAUAUUUUAGUAAAGAUGAUGGUAGUAAAUGUCAACUGAACAAAUGAACAAUAAAUGUUUGAUUUAAUGUC